CAUACGCGGUCUCCUCCCUCGCCACUUUCUCCAGCCAAGAAGCUACCUUUACCUCCCCAGCUUUAUUCUACAAGCAUGUCCUCAGACUCGCAGCCGUGUGAUGAAGCGAACCAACUAACUUCCAGAGAGCACCGGAUGAAGGAAACCCGCUGCACGAGUAGCAGAAAAGCCUGAGAGCAGGGGCAUCCCAAGUUGACCCCAUCCGGAGACUUCUUCCUGGGCUGAAUACAAUGGAGACUGUUUGACAGUGAAAGUGGAGGUUUACUGUACAGUAGCUCAGCUGGAUUUCCUCACCCCUUCAUGACAUGCAGUGAGCCGAUGCCACCAGCAGUCGCCUCAUAUUUCCUGUCUGUCUCCAUCUCCCUCCCUUCCCUUGUGUGUGUUCUCUCUAGAUCUGCUUCUCGCCUUAGAGCAGUGAUGGGCUUUUCCCAUGCAGCUGGUUCUAAAUGGAGGCCCUGCUCCAGAAAGCUGAUGUUAAUGUUGACUGGGAUCACCGACUCUCCUCCGAGGCACAGAGUGAUGCAAAGGCGAUUCAAAGCCUGAACUCCAACUGAAUAGAAGAACAUCCCCAAGACCAGAUGCAAUGGAGAUGUUCAAUGUCACCAACUUCACCUACUGGAAUGCCUCAGAAGGCACUGACGCAGGGCCUGUCAUUGAACCCGAAAGCCCAUACAAGACUGUGGAGGUGGUGUUCAUUGUAUUGGUGGCUGGGUCCCUCAGCCUGGUCACUGUUAUUGGAAAUAUCCUGGUCAUGCUUUCCAUUAAGGUCAAUAGGAACCUACAGACUGUCAACAACUACUUUUUAUUCAGCCUUGCAUGUGCUGACCUAAUCAUCGGGCUGUGUUCCAUGAACUUGUACACAGUAUACAUAGUGAUUGGCUACUGGCCCUUAGGGCCUGUGGUGUGUGAUCUGUGGCUAGCCUUGGACUAUGUCGUGAGUAACGCAUCUGUCAUGAACCUACUCAUCAUCAGCUUUGACAGAUACUUCUGUGUCACAAAGCCCCUCAGCUACCCUGUCAAAAGGACCACCAAGAUGGCAGGGAUGAUGAUUGCUGCUGCCUGGGUCCUGUCCUUCAUUCUGUGGGCCCCGGCCAUCCUUUUCUGGCAGUUCAUCGUGGGCGGGCGGACAGUGCCUGAGAGGGAGUGUUACAUUCAGUUCUUCUCUAAUGCAGCAGUCACCUUCGGCACGGCCAUCGCAGCCUUCUACCUACCCGUUAUCAUCAUGGUCAUUCUCUACAUACAGAUCUCUAUAGCCAGUAAAAGCCGUGUGAAGAAAGAGACCAGGAAGCCGUCAGGGCCCAACCCAGAGGCCCUGUCCCACGAGCAGGCAAGGGGCAGUAGUACUGCCAAACCCAUCAACAACAACCUGACAGCAGAGGACACAGAGCAGGGCACGACCCAAGCCACAGAUGACGUGGCCAACCAGCACGAAGGUAAACUGCAGAACGGCAAGGGCCCGUCCACCACAGGUGGAGAGGGGGAGAUGGAGGGGGAGGACGGGGAUAGGGAGAACUGUGCCCACGGAGAGGAGAAAGAGAGCUCCAACGACUCAACAUCUGGCAGUGCAGCUGCGUCCAACCACAAAGAAGAAGAAGCGGUGCCAUCCAGAGCAAACUGCAACGCCGAGCUCGUUCAGCAGCCAACCCGCCACCGGGCCAAGGCAGGCGGCUCCAAACUCACCUGCAUCAAGAUUAAGACCAGUUCUCCCAAGGGGGACUGCUACACGCCCUCCAACGCCACGGUGGAGAUCGUCCCCGCCACGAAGAAGCAGAACCACGUGGCGCGGAAAAUCGUGAAGAUGACCAAGCAGCCGCCCAAGAAGAAGAAAGCACCACCAUCUCGGGAGAAGAAGGUGACCCGUACCAUCAUGGCCAUCCUGGUGGCCUUUGUGGCCACCUGGACACCUUACAAUGUCAUGGUGCUCAUCAACACCUUCUGCUCCAGCUGCAUCCCCAGCACGGUCUGGACUAUCGGCUACUGGCUGUGCUACAUCAACAGCACCAUCAACCCCGCCUGCUAUGCCCUCUGCAAUGUCACUUUCAAAAAGACAUUCAAACAUCUCCUCCUCUGCCAAUACAAAAACAUUAGGUCAGCUAGAUGAAUAUGGAUGCGAGUGUGCGUGUGUGUGUGUGUGUGUGUGUGAGAGAGAGAGAGAGAGAGAGAGAGAGAGAGAGAGAGAGAGAGAGAGAGAGAGAGAGAGAGAGAGAGAGAGAGAGAGAGAGAGAGAGAGAGAGAGAGAGAGAGAAAGAGAGAGAGAGAGAGAGAGAGAGAGAGAGAGAGAGAGGUUUAUGAUGUGGUCCCUUUCCUUUGUUUUUACUCUACGGCUCAUAAGAGAACUUGUAUCCUGCAGCCAUGUUGGGUUUGGCUCUGAUGAAUGAGAUUUGUGAUGCAACUGUUGAGACAUAAGACUUACAAAGAAGCGCACAGCCAGAAGAACAAAUAGACCGAACAUGAAAAGGACAGUUGGAUAGAGAGCUCUGCACAGCACAAGACGAAUUCUAAGGGAAAAUAGGGCUGACUGAAUUCACAAACUUCCCGUUUGAAAUUCAGUGUAAAAAAAAGAAACCUGUAUAUAUCAAUGUAUACGCCAAAUGUAAAUGUUUGUGUGCGUGUGUGUGUGCGUGCAUCUGUCUGAGCGUGACAGAAUGAUCCAUCACACAGUUUCAGUGGAGAUGUCCGCCAGUAAAGACAGCACAAGGACAUACAGUACAUACUACAAACUGUUAUCUGUAUGCCGGUGGCACUCUGUGUUGGCGGCACACAAAGCAGAGCAGCUUGUCUAAACUGCCUCUCUGGCAUGUUCAUAUACGACUGAGUAACAUGGCUGGGAGCCCUCCUAUCUCUAGGGAUGGACCAUAAGUGGCCUCUGAAGGGCAUAGCAGGACAGAGACCAGGCCUGGCCAGGGUCACCUCUCACCACAACGCAGGACUGAGGUUAGGAAACGUGUUUGAAAAAGUAGAUUCUUCCCACCAAAGAAAAAGGUGGAAAAAGGUAAUGAGUAAACAAAUAAAUAGAUAAUGUAAAAAAUACAUCCAAAAAGGCAUUGUUCAAUUACAUUAUUUAGCUUGCUAUUCGUUUUCCACAUAAUUUUAGAUGAUCAGCGAUUUGAUCUCUUACAAUUCAUUACAUGAUGAAUUUGAUGUUUAUUUGAUUGUAUAUUAAGAUAUUAUUUUUGUCAGAUAGUCUACACUCUUAGAAAACAAGGUGCUAACUAGAACCAAAAAGGGUUAUUUGGCUGUCACCGUAGGAGAACCCUGUGAGAACCCCUUUUGGUUCCAGGUAGAACCCUUUUGGAUCCAGUAGAACCCUUUUGCGUUCCAUGUAGAACCCUUUCCACAGAGAGUUCAAGGGUUCUACCUGGAACCAAAAAGGGUUAUCCUAUGGGGACAGCUUCAGAACCCUUUUGGAACCUGUUUUCUAAAAGUAUGUUGAUGCUUGGAGCUUGUAAAUUCAUUCAGAGUGUAGCAGUUGGCAAGGGCUUGGAGCCAAAGCCUAUUCAAUUAUACAGGAAGGGAUCUUGUGCUUUUCCAGGGGUGAGUUGGAUAUUCCUCUGAGAGAGGAUUUUCAACAUAAUUUGAUCCCACUAUGUUGCAGAUGUUACAGCCUGUGACAAGAGCCUGUUGUAUGUCAGUCCUGACUGAUAAUGAAGAGAAAGAUUGAAGAGGAUUGUAUUUUUGUCUUGCUGUCGUCAGAGGUGGUUUGUAUUCGUUGAGUAGGGGUUACCAAGGUUGUAGAGUGAUUGAUAGAGUGUCAUAUCGUGGAGAUUUAGAGGUUAUCUCAGUGCAUGUUUCUGUUGUUACCCUGGAAUGGGGUUAAAUACCAAUAAUCACAGGCCAUGGCCUUGUGAAUUAUAAGGGCUACUCAAUGUUAGAUGUACUAAUUCGUGUGUGUGUGUGUGUGUGUGUGUGUGUGUGUGUGUGUGUGUGUGUGUGUGUGUGUGUGUGUGUGUGUGUGUGUGUGUGUGUGUGUGUGUGCGUGUGUUUGCGUGUUUCAUCACAUGAAUAUAUGUACUGUUUAUGUAUGUGUGUUUGAGAUCACAGACGUUAGAAAUAAUACGACACUAGAAUUCCCAUGGUUUUGUGCCAUACUGUUUGUGUCCAUACAUUUCGUCCACACCGUAUGCUGAUCUCCAACACAGUCCAUUUAUCUCUAACAUGCUAAUGUAUUCCAAUUUAAGUAAUGAACAUAAAGCAGCCAUGGGAUGGUCGCCACGUUGGUUGCUAGGGGGCUUAACAGAAAAUGACACCAGCAUUGAGCAGCCCCUUAAGGCAGUCUCCUUAAAGAGAGAUAUGGGACAGGCCUUUAAUGGAAACUCACCAUGAGCCUGAUCAGAUUAUAAAAUGAUGUGGAACACCUACUGGAGAUUAAAGAUUGGCUAUUACGCGCUCGGUUUACACAGCCCCUUCCCUCCCGUCCCACUUAGUGUCCCACUUGCUCCUGAUCCCGUUAUGUGUGACUGUGACGUCCCCUUUAUCAGGGCAUUGUUUAAAGGCCCAUGAAACAUAAGGAACAUCAUAUUUACAUUUACUAUCUCUCUCUCUCUCUCUCUCUCUCUCUCUCUCUCUCUCUCUCUCUCUCUCGCUCCCUCUCUCUCUCUCU